AUCUGAUAUUCAUUUCUCUUUCACUCACUCCUUAUCUACUCCUUAUCUAUUUUGGGAGGCGGCUAGACGCACACGCCGGAAAAGAGUGGAUUGCGUCUAGGGCUCUUUCAUUUCCCGGACGGCGUUAAUCGAAUACCAAGCUCGUCGGCCUGGGAUCUGUCCCUGCUGCUGUUUCGCUAUACAGGCUACAAUACAACCAUUUCUUAAGAAACAGAGUUGGUGCAGGCAAGUUUAUUAGAAAUAGAGCCCAGUAAAAUGGAUGCAUUUUGCCCUCUUUCCAUCUCCAAACUCCUAGAAAUCUAGAGGCUUAUUUGGAGGGUCAUAUCUUUGCAUCUUCGUGCUCAGCUCUGUAAGGGUUUGUUUGGAUGGAUGGAACCGGCGGCCAAUUGGGAAAGAUGAGCUUUCUGCCACAGAAGCAAAGAAGUCAGAGCCCGAGUUGGCAGUGCCUAACAAUAUGGGAUCAAAUUCAGGCAAUCGACAAGUACACAGACGACUACGAAUGAUGAGGUCUCCAUAGAUGAGUUGGUGAUGCCGGGAAUGAUUCAUAAGGUCUCCCAAGAUGAGCCGACUACGAAUGGUAAGGUCUCUUUGGAUGUGCUAGUGCACAACCAGCUAUGAAUGAUACAAUGAUGUAUUUAUUCUUAAUUAGUUCCCAUUUUGCUUCUCUUUGACAUUAUACAAUGGCAUAUUUGUACUUUUUUAUGGGCUAUGUUUGGCAUUAUACAUUGUAAUCAUUGUAUGAAGAGUAUUGUUCCUUGGCACUCAUUGUAAGACUACAAUACUACAGUGACAAUAGCAGAUCCCGGUGGCGUUGGCUAUGAAGGAAGCAAAGCUUGGUGAUGUGGGAAAUCAUCGGCAACCCUCGAUAGGUCGUGGGCAGAUGUUGGGGGUGUUAGCGGCGAUGAGGGGGGGGGGGGGNCAUUGUGGCAAUGGACCAAUCAUGCACAACUGAUAAAGUUGAAGGACCAAUAGUGGAUUUUAGCCAAAAAUAAAAUAAGGGGAAGAAAGAAAGAGAGAGAGAGAAAGGGUGGGCCAGUGUGUAAGACAAGCUGCGUUGAGGCAAUUCCAUGUGCCCGCCCACAUGCAGCUGCUCUGCUCUCUUCCAUCUCCCCCACAUCAUCACCCCCUCCAUAUACAUACCUAUAUUCAUCCCCCAAUCAGCACAGUUCUACUGAUUUCUUCUUGUUCACCAUUCGAAUCCGGAGAUUCGGUUCAGGGAGGUGGUUUCCGGGAACAUGGAGAAGAGCAGCGACGGAUUCGUGAGGGCGGAUCAGAUUGACUUGAAGAGCUUGGACGAGCAGCUGGAGAGGCACCUCAAUCGGGCUCUGACUCUCGAGAAGAGCAAGAAGAAGGCCGCGACCGUCGACGAUUCCGCCCUCCUCCGCCAGCACUCCGCCGCCCUUGCGCCGCCUGUCGCCGCCCCGCCCCGGCUCAGGUUGGAUUGGGAGAUCGAUCCUGCUAAGCUCGUCAUCAAGAGCGUCCUCGCCCGCGGUACCUUCGGCACCGUCCACCGCGGCAUCUACGACGGCCAAGAUGUUGCCGUUAAACUGCUAGACUGGGGCGAAGAGGGACACCGAACAGAAGCUGAAAUAGCAUCUCUGAGGGCGGCUUUUACACAAGAAGUUGCAGUAUGGCAUAAGCUUGACCAUCCUAAUGUCACCAAGUUUAUAGGGGCAACAAUGGGUUCUUCAGGGUUAAAUAUACAGACUGAAAAUGGGCCGAUUGGCAUGCCCAGUAACAUCUGCUGUGUUGUUGUGGAAUACCUUCCUGGCGGUGCCUUGAAAUCUUACCUUAUAAAGAACAGGAGAAAGAAGCUAGCAUUCAAAGUUGUAGUGCAGAUAGCCCUUGAUCUCGCCAGAGGGUUAAGCUAUCUUCAUUCUCAAAAGAUAGUUCACCGAGAUGUAAAGACCGAGAACAUGCUAUUGGACAAGACACGGACAGUGAAGAUAGCAGAUUUCGGGGUUGCUCGCGUUGAAGCCUCGAAUCCAAAUGAUAUGACCGGAGAGACUGGGACUCUUGGAUACAUGGCCCCCGAGGUUCUGAAUGGAAGUCCGUAUAAUAGGAAAUGUGAUGUAUAUAGUUUUGGCAUUUGUUUAUGGGAGAUCUAUUGCUGUGACAUGCCAUAUCCUGACCUGAGUUUCUCAGAAGUUACUUCUGCCGUGGUUCGCCAGAAUCUGAGGCCAGACAUACCGAGAUGCUGCCCGAAUUCGCUGGCGAACGUGAUGAAGCGCUGCUGGGAUGCAAACGCGGACAAGCGGCCCGAGAUGGACGAAGUUGUGUCCAUGCUGGAGGCGAUCGACACGUCAAAGGGCGGGGGCAUGAUCCCUCUUGACCAACAACAGGGCUGCCUUUGUUUCAAGAAGCGCAGAGGGCCUUAAGACUGCCCUGCCGCUGCCCGCUGCCCGCUGCCGCCUGCCGCCGCCGGAGUCAAACUCCGGGUUCCGGCCACACACACACACUACCUGCAGGCAAGUUUGAAAUUGGGAGUGGAUGGGGGGAUUGAAGUAGUGGGGUGUAAUUAAUUCAUGCUCUUCCCUUCCAUUGCCUUUGUUCUCCACACAUUUUAAUCUCCUUUGGGAAAUUUUCAUUUCUGUGUAUUUAUUACUCGUAUUUGACUUAGAGCUUUUGCUGGUGGAUUGGACCAACACACCUUCACAUGUAGCAUUGACAUU